AUGUGCGUGUCCAGCAUGAGGUGGCUGCAGAGUCUGAGGUCGGAGAAAGGGGACCACGGAUGGUAUUACCCAGGGGUGGGGGGACCUCGGGAGAACCCCCUGACCCACCCGGCCGUGGAUGCUCCCCUGUGCGAGGACUGCCAGGGUCUCCAGCUGACCUUCUUCGACCCCUCGUGCCCCGGCUGUCGCGCUCUCUUGAAGUCUCCCGCGACCACCAUCGCUCACGUCUUCGCCAUCCUCCGCCAAUGGGUCCCACAGACGCAACAGAACAUCCAAACGCUGGUCGACGAGGUGCUGCGACGUGGAGGUCACGUGGACGACCGGGACAGUCUCACGGACAUGACUUUGCUUCAAUACGCGUGUAAGGCCGGUGCCUCUGGAGUCGGAGACGUCACCCUUGCCACCAAGGUGGUGGGGAUGCUGUUGUCGAAGGGGGCAGAGGUGUCCAUCCGAUGUCGCUGGACUCACAUGACUGCCCUUCAUUAUGCCGCCUAUUUCGACGUCGCUCCCGUUCUCCGCCUGCUAUUAAAGGCCAGCAAAGGAGUGGACGUGGACUGGAGAUGCGGCGAAUACGAGAACGGCACCGCCCUGCACAUCACAGCCGGGAAUCUGUGCCUGGAGGCGGCCAAGGUCCUUCUGGAGCACGGAGCCGACCUCACCGCCACCGAUGACCUCGGACGCACCCCUCUCGAAUGCGUGCCGGAGGCGUCGACUUUCGACCUGAUCCCGGACGUUCAAGAGGUGAUAGGGAAAAUGCGUCGACUCCUUUCUCCGGAUUGCAACGGGAGAAAUGGGCACGGAACGCUGACGAAGCAGAGCUUCGAGAGCAUCUCCGGCCGGGCGGUCCUUCAAGCCAUGGGUCUCAAGGUCGGGGACAAGGUCGUCGUCGGCGGGAACAAGACCGGCACUCUCAGGUACUGCGGAACGACCGAGUUCUCGACCGGGAUCUGGGCGGGGGUGGAACUGGACACGGCCGAAGGAAGAAACGACGGAAGCGUGAAAGGGGUCAUGUACUUCCGGUGCAAACCGAAUCACGGGCUCUUUGCGCCGUUGAAUCGGAUCGCGAGACUUGGGAGCCCCGGCUCCGGGUCCGGAACCGGAUUCUCGAGGACUGCCUCCUUGAGGCGGUCGUCGAGGUCGCUCUCAAAGGUCAACCAUCCUCGCAUCGACACCUCCAAGGUCACCUCCAAAGUCGCCUCUUCGACCAGGAAGGGCGACAAGGAGGGGAUCCGAGUCGGCGACCCAGUGGUGGUGAUCGGCGCCGGGAGACGAAAAGGCGUGGUCCGCUUCUCCGGCACGGUCCAGUUCGCAUCCGGCUGGUGGUACGGCGUGGAACUGGACCGACCCGAGGGACGCAACGACGGCUCCGUCCAGGGAAUCCCGUACUUCUCCUGCCCGCCCAACCACGGGGUCUUCGCGCCGCUCGCGAGGCUCGCCAAAUUGGGAGGCGACGGAGAGGAGGAGGAAGAGGAGGAAGAGAGCGAAUUUGAUUCCCUGGACCAAGGCAGCAUGUGCACGAUGAGCGGCCGGAGUUCCCUCAUCGACUCUUCCUCCAUGAGCACGAAUCCCUACGCGACGCUGAGAAGAACCUCGUCCAUGAGACACCACAAGUCCGCCUACAGACCUCCCCCGCCUCCCUCGACGACGUCCACGUACGCGUCCACGUACGCGUCCACGUCGACGUCCACGUUCUCCCGGAGCUACUCCGUGCGAUACCCGUCGUCGAGGAAUUCGGGCGGUGGAGUCCAGCCGCCGUGGCAGUCGGUGCCCUUGGAACCCGAGAAACCCAGAAGGAGGAAGGACAAAGAUCACUGGCUCUCGCUUGGCAUGAAUGUCCUCUUCAAUCACGAAGUCGGAGUGAUCCGUUGGCUGGGACGCGUGGAUUUCGCGGAUGGGAUAUGGCUGGGAUUGGAGCUUCGAGGAAGGAAGGGGAAACACGACGGCGCCGUGGACGGCAAGAGGUACUUCACGUGCAAACCCGGUCACGGGAUCUUCGUCCGACCCUCCAACGUCACCGUGAGGGGGAUCAACGGCGCCAAACUGAGAGGCAAUGGAGGUACAGAUAUCGCAGGCUGCCACGAGAAAACACGCGACGCUACUCAAAGCAAAGGAGAGGAUCGUAACGGGACUGAUGGCGAGGGGACCCUAGUGACAUCUAGCGGCCGAUUGCGGAAUUUAAACAACCGACUUGUCAUUGCCAAGCAAUUGCGCUUGGACCGCAACAGGAGCCAUGUUGAACUGAGGUCAGACGAUCGAAAUGGGGCUUCGGACAACCCUGAACCCCAGCUCAACUCCGUCAUGGUGGACAUCAAUGCGCGCACAGGGGGCAUCUCCCAUGCUACUCAGAAUCAGCCGAAUCUUGUUUUGAUCCACUGGCUCCAAGUCAGAUUCAAGUGUGGGUCAGACAUCAUGCCAUCAAGAAAGAACAAAAAGAUUCCGAAGUAUAAUGUGCAGCCAACUGCAGAAGAGCUCAAAGAGGCUGAGGAAGCUGUGAAAGUCAAGUAUUCAGACUCACAGAAGGUGUUCAUAGAACUGGAUAUAGAUGGGGAACGUGCUAGCAUUGAUCUUGAAGAAGGCAUCCCAUUAGUCAAAAAGGAGGAGUUUGUAAGUCCACUGAAUGAUUUGGUGGAUGGGGAAACGAAAUCCACCAGAGAGAAACCCCUAUCAGAUGCUUCACGUGCCAAGGGGAAGUCUUCGGCCAAACGGUCGAAGUCUAAGACUCCUUCCAAAUCGAAGUCAAAGAAGUCUGUGAAAACAGAUGAAAAUUCCAAAGCAGGCUGCUCUCCAGACAGCAAAAAAGGUGAAGAGCUUCAACCUAAAGCCUCAGUGCUUCCUGAGGCAUUGGUGAAGCUUAUUGACGAUUAUGACAUCGAGGACGCCCCUGCCAGACCUAUUAGCUACUAUAGAUUCAUUGAGAAGCUGGCUGAUGAACUGGAUGAGGAGGUGGAGUAUGAUAUGGAUGAAGAGGAUUGUGCGUGGCUUCAGUUGAUGAACAGUCGUAGGGAAGCUGAAGCUGCUCCACCAGUAACCAUGGAGAACUUUGAACUCCUCAUGGACCGACUUGAGAAGGAGUCCUACUUCCAGAUGCAGUUCUCUGGCAAAGAACAUGGAGUCCCAAUUGAUGAUGAUGCCAUCUGCUGCAUCUGCAUGGAUGGAGAGUGUGAGAACACCAACGUGAUCCUGUUCUGCGACAUGUGCAACCUGGCUGUGCAUCAAGAGUGCUAUGGAGUUCCCUAUAUCCCAGAGGGACAGUGGCUGUGCCGCCGGUGCCUCCAGAGCCCAUCACGUGGUGUAGACUGUGCCCUAUGUCCCAACUCGGGUGGGGCUUUUAAGCAGACGACAGAUGGGCGAUGGGCUCAUGUUGUCUGUGCCAUCUGGAUCCCUGAGGUCCAUUUCUCAAAUACUGUGUUUUUGGAGCCCAUUGACAACAUCCAGAACAUUCCAGCUGCACGGUGGCGGCUCACGUGUUAUAUUUGUCGUCGAAGAGGAGUUGGAGCUUGCAUUCAAUGCCAGAAGAGCAAUUGCUACACUGCCUUCCAUGUUACAUGCGCUCAACAAGCUGGUCUUCAUAUGAAAAUCGAUGCAGCCCGAGAGCACGUAGGGAACGUGUUGGUGCCAUCGGUGAAGAAGUCUGCCUACUGUGAUGCCCACACCCCCCAAGACUCAGACUGUAAACCGCAGGUGAACACUGUAAAGCGGGAGGAGAAGAAGCAUAAGGGGAAGAGGUCGGGCGCCCCGAUGGUCAUCUCUAUCCCCACGUUACCCCCAGAACGCAUCCAGCAGAUCGCGUCGGUCGUCACGUUCUCCAAGAAGAGCCAGUUCAUGCAACGCUUGAUGGCGUAUUGGAUGCUGAAGCGCCAGUCCCGCAACGGGGUUCCCCUCCUUCGCCGCCUCCAGUCCAUGCAUCCGAGUCGCAACAGCCGUCUGCUCGAAGGCAUCCCCGACGAGAAGACGCAAGCCAUGUUCAAGCAGCUGCGUGAAUGGCAGCAAUUGCGGCAGGACCUAGAACGCGCUCGUCUGUUGUGCGAACUGGUGCGAAAGCGCGAGAAGACCAAGCGGGAACUCAUGGCCGUGAGGGAGCGGGAGUUGACUCUGCGACUCACACCCCUCAACUGCAUCCUCCAUCAAGUCCUGGACGCUCUUCAGGAACGAGACACUCAGGAGAUAUUUGCCGAACCUGUGGACACUGAGGAGGUGACCGAUUACUUGGACGUGAUCACGCACCCGAUGGACUUCUCCACCAUGCGAAAAAAGGUCGACAAUUGCCAAUACGCCCGGGUGGAGGACUUCGAAAGCGACUUCAGCCUUAUGAUCCGGAACUGUCUCACUUACAACUCCAAGGACACCGUCUUCUACAAAGCAGGCGUCCGAAUGAGGGACUUGGGCGGUGGCAUCCUCCGACAAGCCAACCGCGACCUGGAAGCCUCUGGUUUCGAUCCGGGAACCGGGCUUGUCCGUGAGGAAACUGGCGUCAACCGAGAGGACGACGAUGACGACGACGACUGUGAUGUGAUUGCAAUCUUGUACGGUGAAGAUAGAAAGCAGCUGCCACUCCGCCGUCAGCUGGAUCUCCUGCUUGAAGCGAAGGAUCGAAUCUCGUGGAUUCCCCAUGCCGCCACCCGAGCGAAGAGGAUGAAAGCCGUGAAGUUGGAGAUAGUGAAGGUGAGGCGAAAGCUGGCUUUGGAAACGGCUAGCGACAGCGACAACGAAGUCGGGGAAGUGAAAGAACCCAAAACCUGCGAAGAUGCAGAAGACGUGACACCCCGGAAAUCCAAACGAUCCCGGGCGCCGUCCAAAGUAGAAACAAACGGACCCGAAAACACGAAACAAGACGAGGGAAAGAACCCGGCGAACAAGGAAGAAUCGGUCGAAGACGGAGACGACGAAGAAGAUGGCGAAGUGCAGAAGACCGGCCCGAGACGCAGGCAGUCCUCGGGACGAGGGAAACGGAAGAGAGAAGAAAAGGAAUCCGAGAUUGAAAAAGAAAAAGACCGACCCUUAGCCGGCGUGAAUCGCCGAACGGCCGUUCUCUUCGCCAAGAAAGCCUCUGCCCUCAAUGCGAACAGCCACAACAACAGCAACGGUGGGACCAACCACGACGUCCCCCCUCCGGCCGAGCCGGAACCCAAACCCAAGUCACCCGAGAAACGAGGAAAGAAGGCUCUCUUCAUGGAAGUGUUGAAGGAGCUGGACUGCAACAACGACCGCACGUUGGAUCCAGUCGAAGUCGCCCUCCCAUCCGUGACGGACAAAGAAAGUUUCUUACACUACCGUAACGCUGGGACGGUCUCGGACGACGAAGACGUCCGUUCCGAAAUCGGUUCUUGUUCUUCGUGUUCCACCUAUUCUUCGUCCUGUGAGAACUCGGAAGCCGACAGCCAAACGGACAGUGAUGCCUACGCCUCGGAUUCCGAGAACAAGCGCAAACCGGUCGAACCUUUGGACAUGGUGUGGGCCAAGUGUCGCGGAUAUCCCUGGUAUCCAGCCCUCAUCAUCAACCCCAGCAUGCCCCGAACUGGUUACUACCACAACGGAGUACCCAUUCCAGUCCCACCCGAGGACGUGCUGGCACUGUCCAAGACUCACGAGGAGCCCCGUUUCUUGGUACUGUUUUUCGACAACAAGCGAACGUGGCAGUGGCUGCCAAGGACGAAAUUGGAGCCUCUCGGAGAGGACCCGGCCGUCGACAAGGCCAAAUUGAAGGAAUCCAAGAAAGCCAGUGAGAGGAAAGCCGUUCGCAAGGCUUACGAGAGAGCUGUCGUUCACCACUAUCAAGUCACAACCGGUAGUAGCAUGGAGAUCCCCCUGGACUCGCAGUCUGAAGGCAUCGGACGAUCUUAGUACAAACUGAUUGCAUGCAUCUUCUUCUUUUAACCAAACCCAUAGCCAUAGGUUUACUUUGGGAGGCAUUUAUCAACCA